UUCCGGCUCAUCUGAUAACCCAAAAUCCAAACUUUCCUUCACACAUAGCUCCACUUCCCGGAAGUCGUUUCCACUUAAAUGAACAAAGCCCUCAUCUUUUUCACAUCCAAGAUUCUAGAAAGGUCUCAUUUCAUCAAAUCUUCCCGCAAAUUAUUCUCAUCCACACCAAUUCAAAUUCAAGCAGUCCACCCUCAAAACCUCACUCUCACAGCAUGCAUUACACUUCUUCAAUCCUGUGCAGAUCAAAGCGACCUCGGAGGAGGCAAACAACUCCAUGCCCAUAUGCUCAUAACUGGUUUUUUUCACUCCUCCCCACUCUCCGCCACCAGCCUAAUCAACAUGUAUUCGAAGUGCUCUAUUUCCAUAUCAGAUGCAUUGUCUAUUUUUCUGGCCUCGCCCCAUUGCCAAAAUGUGUAUGCUUAUAAUGCUAUUAUUGCUGGAUUCAUUUCCCAUGACUUGCCUAAUAAAGUUCUUGAAUUUUACUUUAGCAUGCGGAUGGUUGGUUUAAUUCCUGAUAAGUUUACUUUCCCUUGUCUAAUUAAGGCUUGUUGUCAUGCCAUGGAUGUUGAAAAGAUUCAUGCUUUGGUUUUUAAACUUGGGUUGGAGUUUGAUUUGUAUGUAGGUAGCGCAUUGGUGCAUGGCUAUUUGAGAGUUGGGUUGUUGUCGAGUGAGGCAUUAAAGGUGUUUGAUGAAUUGCCUGAGAGAGAUGACGUUGUAAUUUGGAAUGCCAUGAUUAAUGGGUUUGCUCAGCGUGGGGAGAUUGACAAGCCAUUGGGAAUUUUUAGGAGGAUGGUUGAGAACAGGGUUGUUCCGAAUAGAUUUAGUGUUACGGGGAUUUUAUCAGUUCUUGCUGUGGCUGGGGAGAUUUAUAACGGACGAGUGAUACAUGGAUUCGUGAUAAAAAUGGGGUAUGAUUCAGGGGUUGCUGUGGCAAAUGCAUUGAUUGAUAUGUACGGUAAGUGCAAGUUUGUCAUGGAUGCUUCCAAGGUUUUUGAUUCCACACUGGAGAAGGAUAUAUUUUCCUGGAACUCGAUCAUAUGUGUUCAUGGACAAUGUGGUGAGCAUGAAGAAACUUUGAGGCAGCUUGAGAACAUGUUGCACGCUGGUGUUCAGCCUGAUUUGGUGACUGUUGCUAGUGUCCUUCCUGCUUGCGCUCAUCUUACAGCAUUAAUGCGUGGUAGAGAGAUUCAUAGGUACGUGAUUGUGUAUGGACUAGGGAAGAGCGGUGUUUAUGGAGGGCAUAAUAAUAUCUACAUCAACAAUGCUGUUAUGGACAUGUAUGCAAAAUGUGGUAGUCUAAGGGAGGCUCGCUUGGUUUUUGAUAAGAUGAGCCAUACAGAUGUUGCCUCAUGGAACAUUAUGAUUAUGGGUUAUGGCAUGCAUGGAUUUGGCAAUGAGGCCUUAGAUAUGUUUCACAUUAUGUCUAAGACAGAAUUAAAGCCCGAUGAAGUCACCUUUGUCGGGGUUUUGUCAGCUUGUAGCCAUGCAGGUUUUGUGACUUGGGGGCGUGAAUAUCUUGCAAGCAUGCAGCCAAAGUAUGGCGUCUUUCCGACAAUUGAACAUUACGCUUGUGUGAUUGAUAUGCUUGGUCGAGCUGGGCAGCUUGAGGAAGCUUAUGAACUGCUAUCGACAAUGCCUUAUGAGGCCAACCCUGUUGUAUGGAGGGCAUUUUUGGCUGCAUCUCAGCUGCAUGGUAAUUCUGAUCUGGCCGAGGUUGCUGCACAUCAAAUAUUUGAACUUGAACCAGAGCAUUGUGGAAGUUAUGUUAUGUUGUCGAACAUUUAUGGAGCAUCAGGUAGAUAUGAUGAGGUUUUUGGUUUGAGGCAUACUAUGAGGCAACAAGAUGUGAAGAAAAUCCCAGGUUGCAGUUGGAUUGAACUCAGUAAUGGGGUCCAUGUAUUUGUUACACGUGAUCAGAAUCAUCCAGAAGGAAUUGAAAUCUAUGCUGGAUUAGGUUCACUGACUGCUUGCUUAUGUGAGAAUGGCUAUCAACCUAGUCUCUUAGAAGCCACUAUGUAAAAGUUUGAGUUUUUUUUUCCUCCGGGCUGGCCCAACAAUAUUGUUAGUUGAUGGACUUUGAGUCCCAAACAUCCUGAAUGAGUUGUUUUGCAUAAGAUUGGAAAUCAUACGAAGGAUGAUGAAUUUGGUCCUCUGCAACCAAAAAGGUGCUGGUUUUAACAGUUUUGAUAGUUGGUUUGGAAAAGAAAGUGUAUGGGUUUGCUGCAACAGGAUUGCAUAUGGAUUUGUGUUGACUGCACACCACAUGCAGAUUUACAUUUCCAUGUAGGUACUUGUUGGAAUAUGAGGCUUCUUCCAAUUAUAAGACAGAGGUCCCUUUCUCAGUCACCAACUGAAGGCCUACAAUUGAUCAUCUCUUUAGUAUAUAAGACAUAGAAUUGCCUUCAAUGUACAAGUUCCAGAGUGGUCAUUUAUGAGGAAUUUAUUCCUGUGCCUCGAGGCAUCCCUGGAGAAAAAGAUGAUCGUAGGUUUUUUUGGAUAAUGACAUGAAUUCGGACUCAGAGGAGGAACUCAUCAUCACAGGAUGGCCGAGUUCCCAGCUGCACCAUUGCUUCAAAGUGCCACAAUUCUGUGUCAAGGCAUGACAUGCCAAUGAUGCUGUGUAUUCUCUGAUGUUACUUCAUCAAGGGAAGCACAGGGAGAGGGCAAGGAGAUGGGGCAGAUUAUUUAUGAGAGGUGCUGAUGCUGUGUGGUGCUUAUACAGAGGGUGUUAUUUCCCAUUCUGCUGCAAGCUCCGAAUUUCUACAGCUAGGGGGACAUUUAUGGGAAGGUGCAACCUACUGGUACCCGUGUGCCUGAAGGGUGUGAGUUCAGUGUUUCUUCAAUUUGAAGAUAGAAACCUUGACAGGAUAGGAAAGCCUGACCUUCUUAGUAGGUCUUAACACUACAGCAACCAUACUCAACUCAGAAUUCAAAUGAGUGCUGCUAUGCUUGUUUAAGGAACAAUAGGAGAAUCAAAACCCGUACCAGAAAGAAACAAACAUGACACAACAAAAAGAGGAACAGUGCAAGAUGGAAAAGAACAUUGAAGUGGCCCUCGAUGUCUACUUCAUAAAAGGACAUGACCAAUGAAACAUCAAACAAUGAUAGAACUUGAUAUGUUUGGUGAUUUAAAUUGUGUAGUUUCGUGCAUAAAUUUCGGACUCCGCAGGUUGGAUAGCUAUUAUUUGGUCAAAAAUUGUUUGUUUGCAU